UUUUUGAAUUUUGAAUUGUGUCGUCAUUGCACAGGACCAGCGAUAUAUAUGCAAAAAUAUUCUAUAAUUUUUUUUGUUAAUUUUGUUUACAUAUGUAUGUACAUACAUACAUAUAAAUAUAUAUAUAAUGCAUUUCAUUCAAGCUUCGUUAAACGAUUUCGUCUGUCUCGCGAAGCCUUUUGUUAUGUGCUUCGAAUAACAGCUGACAAUAAGGGAAGUCGUUCAACCUAUAUUCCUCCAAUCCUAAGACUGUGUGCGACAUUGGAAGUCCUUGGAGGAGGUGGCUAUCAAUGGCUAACCGGAAAUGACUCCCGCGUUUCUGUAGCCCAAAGUACGCUCUCGGGAAUAGUCACAGAAACUAUUAGGAAGCUGGAAGCCGUACUGUGUCCUCUAUGGAUUCAAUGGAGAGUACAUAAUCCAAGUGAUGCGGCAACAACAAAGCAGUGGUUUUACCGGAAGUAUGCAAUACCAGGAGUUAUCGGUUGUGUGGAUGGUACGCACCUUUUCUUCCAAAGGCCCACGCAAAAUGAAGAGAUUUACUUCAACCGAAAAGGAAGACACAGCCUAAAUGCAAUGAUCAUUUGCGAUCAUAAAAUGAAUAUAAUGGGAAUUAACGCUAAGUAUGGAGGAUCAGCACAUGACUCAUUGGUGUGGAAACAUUCCAAUGAACGCGCGUAUUUCGAAAAUAUUUUUAACGGACGGGAACACGGCCAUUGGCUUCUUGGUUAGUAUGGUAAAUGUGCAUAUUUUUAUGUAUAUACAUACACAUGUUAGCAAUAUUGCAACAAUUCUUUUACACAUGAGGAAAUCGAUAUAUGAAUAACUAAUAUGUACAUAUUUGCAAUACUACAAUACAA